AUGGAGAAGAAAUGCCAGAAAGCUCGGAGCAGUUCACCAUCCGGUCCAGCUCCACCCCAACUACGACACGACACAGUGUGCGGUGCUUUUCGAGAUCAGAUUAAUCUACUUUAUGAUUUGUACAAAAUUGCAAAUGAUUAUUUGGAUUUCAAACGUUUCCCGGUAUGCUCCAUCAACGAAUGGUCGAAACGUGUCCAGGUCGAAGGAGCGCUAAAAGAAAAUAAAGUAAAUUUACUGCCAGUAAAAGCAAAAGCUGAAUCAUUGGAACGAGAUAUCAGCGCGAUAGAUGAAGUUCUCGACCAGCUUGCUGCUCGUGAUCUGUCGGAACCUGCUAUUGCUAAUGCUACCCAACGUGAUUUGCUGGAUCGUCAGGCCCAACUGGACCAGCUACAGCGACGAAGUGAUGACCUGCAUAGCUGCCUACCGGAGGCAUCAGCGAACCAACCAAAUACAAUGCUCGAUAAAAUACAGGAUAAAGUACGCGAUCUCGAGGAGAAAAUUGGCGCAUCAAUCAGACGAAGUGCCGAGAAGUCACCAUCGAAACGUAUGUCCUUAACGGAGCAAAAAGAAUCGGACGCGAUUUCCAUCGCAAGCACAGGCGGACAGUCUCUAGCAUUGGAAGUACAGGUUUGUUUUCCGUAUUUUUAG